AUGGAUCUCCAACCCGCGUGCCAACUGCCCACUGUGGCUGCGCAACGCUCAUAUGAUCCAGCCUCGGUCCUCCCUGAUAGCAACAAAUUUCUCAACCACCUCGUCAAAUUCCGCGAUAACAACAAUCGCGAAUAUGUUCGUGUCCAGCUCACUGCAGCUGGUAAUGAAGCUCUUCGGGCACUCUCUCAUACCCCUAUCCAGCGCGAGGUCUGGUCCUGGCCAUGUUACGAAUUCACGAUCCGAGUGACUAACAAUGAACCCUGCGUUAAGGUGGCCCAGAUCAAGACGGCUCAUCCCUCGUACGUGAACGCACUCCUCACCGCUUCUCGCGGAAUCCAGAUGCCCAAUCCCUGUGAGCAUUCCACCAAUAGUCUUCCCUUCGGCGGGAACGUACGCCUUCCUGGCACCUUCAAUGGCGCAUGCGCUAACUGCCAAUGGCGCGAUAAUGCUUCUCAAUGCACGCUUGGGAACCGCCACGAGCGUCAGUAUAUCUCGUUAAAUGCUGGCGAAAUCCCUGAGCCUUCUCGAGUCGAAACCUUGGUUGACUGA